GGGGCGGGGUGACUCUCAGCGGGUCGACCUCCCUCUCUGCGCUCCUUUCUAUUCAUCCAAAACUUCUGCCUGUCCUCGGGAUUCCAUUACAUUUCUGAACCCUUGACUUAAUUUCUCGGAUAUAAGCCGCAAGAGUCAAGAGAUACACACCACAACGGGGAGCAAAGCAACAUUAUUUUAAGGCAUCUUUCAUUUUCUCCUGCUGGGGGGCCUUUUCAGUGUAUUAUUAGCCCUGCUGUGAUCCAGCUCAGCACAACUGUUGCGGGCUUAUUGCUGCCGGAUUUGAACGUUGCCUUUCUUUCAAUCAAGUGAGACAGAAAGUGAUUUUAGGAAGGAGUCGCAUGCUGGUUUCUCUGGUAGCGCAGCCUUUUCCAGGAUUUCUGAGGACCAAAAGUUGUCUGCGAACAUUCAUCAAACUCAAAAGAGCAAGGCAACAGCAGUUGGAGUCCAUGAGCGUGUGUGAAGAUCAGCCCAGCAUGAAGCAGAAACAACAGUCUGUCUCCAGCUCCAUUCAACAAUGAGCGGUCAGACCAGCGGUGGAGAAGCUGGCCCGCCGUCCCGGUCCAAUCAGAGGACGUUUUUGGAUGACAUCAUUUUAACCUUCAGUUCGCCCAUGGCCUGGCUGCUGGUUGUGGCCCUGGUCCUCACAUGGUCAGGCGUGGCCAUCGUGCUGUUUGAUCUGCUUGAUUACAAGACCCUAACAGACUACACGUCAUACUGUGACGACCCCGUGUGUUUAUCACCUGACAAUGUCAGAGACAGAAGACCAGGACUCCCUCCUCCUCCUGCCAUCGCAAAGAGAGGCUUGAAGGCUCGAGCUGCUCUUCGUUCACUAAAGCCGAGCCCGGCUGGAGUUCACAGUGACAUCACGCCUCAGGAGAGCGAUGACUGGCUGGAGAUGAUAUGGUCCUUCGCAGCAAGCUUGGUAGCUCCUGAUGAGGAAGAGGAAGGUAUUCAUCAGCUUACUGAAACCUUCACAUCUUUUGGUUCAGAAGAACUCUGAGGGAGAGGAGGUGGGAAAAAACUGGACAACGACAAAAGGGAGAUGUGAGGAACUGGAAGGAGGUGGAGAAGAAUCAUACACAUCAUAGCAUCAGCAAUUGUAUUCUCUGUCUAUUCUCAUCUGAUCAUUAAAAGAGUAUUACUUUAAAA